ACUCAAAUAUGGACGCUGUCUGCUGUGUCUUUUUAUAAAACUAAAAUUUUGUAGCAGAUAGACUCUUUUAUUUAUGGAAAACAUGCCGCUCCCCAAAGAAACUGUCUGAGCUGUCAUCAACUCCAGCGAUGCCUUCACGUUUGCGGAGGCUGUGCUCCUAUUACAUGGCCCUCAUAAAGUACAGACCCCAUCAUUGGACUGUGUUCUCUCAGAGCAGAACUUUGCACUACACUGCCUAUGGACUGCAAUGUUCAACCCCAGAGUCUCUGUCCACCUUGAAUAGUGUGGACCAGACACAGACUGUCUCAGAUCCAGCAGACCAGGGUCCUCCAUCUCCCCCCACCUGCUGUUGCAUGAGUGGCUGUCAUAACUGUGUGUGGAUCGAACAUGCGGAAAAGCUGUUGAAAUAUUACAGCGAUGGUGGAGACAGAGCUCUUGCAGCCAUUGAGGAGAAUGUUCUCGAUGACAACCUGAAGACUUAUCUUAAAAUGGAGAUCAAACUACUGAAGAAGUCAUGACGAUGGUGGUGAUAGAUUUAGGCCCUGAAUUCUAAAUCAGUGUUUUGUAGCAGCAAACGAGAUAUUUGCACAACUAGAACGGGUGAAUUUUUAUGGGUCAAACUCACGAAGUCUGUGAAAAAUAGGUCUGGGUUGUAUUUCACUUCAGAAUCAAAAAAGAAAGAAAUUAUGUUUUGCCUAAUGAAAAAUCUGCCUAUUUUUAGGACCCUUAAGAUUUUUUGCAUUGUGACAUUAUUUUUAUGACACUUAAGCACAUUGACUCAAAUUCUUAAAACCACAAUGCUUCAAGAUAUUUUACUUUUUGUGUUUUGAUUACUUAUAAUCAAAUUCAUUGUGAUUACACGAGAUUUUUAGAAGAAUAUCUCAGCCAAGUAGGUCCAUACAAUGCAAGUGAAUAGGUAGUACAAAAAUUUUUGCAGCAUAUAAAACUUCCAUAUGACUCCAGUGGUCAAAUCCAUGUCUUCCGAAGUGAUAUAAGUAUGGGUGAGAUACAGAUCAAUAAUUAAGUCCUCUUUUACUAUCAAUCUCCACUUUCACAUUCAUCAUCUUGUGUUUUUGGUGAUUCACAUUCUUUGUGCAUAUUGCCACCUACGUGGCAGGGAGGAUAAUUUAUAGUAAAAAAGGAUUUAAAUAUUGAUCUGCUUCUCACCCACUCCUAUCAUAUCUUUCAUAUUCCAUAUGAACCUCCAGCAGUCAUAUGGAUUAUUCACUAUCCCUAUUCAUCCAUUCUUUUGCACUGUGUGGACCUGCAGAGCUGAGAUAUUCUUAUAAAUAUCUUUGCUUGUGUUCAGCAGAAGAAAGUUAUACACAUCUGUGAUGGCAUGAUGGUGAGUAAAUGAUCAGAGAAUUUUCAUUUUUGGGUGAACUAUCCCUUUAAAUAAAUAAAUGUUAUUCACAUUGCACUAAUGAGAAUUUGAGGAUAUAAAAUUUGUUUUUUGUUGUUUUGUUUUUUUGUUUUUGUUUUUUUAUUUUGAGGUUAAAUUUGAUAUGGACUUGUUCUUGACAGGGUUUGUUUCAUUAAUCCUCAUGAGUGGUAGUGAUUCAGCAUGUGUGAUGAGCAAACUAUUUUUAAACAAAAAGUCUCAAAAUCUAUUUUAAUACAAAAAGUAUAUUUGUUAAGACAGUGGUACAUUGUCCCAAAACUAUUUCUGUCAGACAACUGACUAAUGCAAUAAAGUCCUACAGGGUUCAUGACCUUGAUUCAAAUGAUUGAGUUUGCAUUGUUGUUGCCUGGAUUUAGAGUUCCAUGUCAUUUAACUUGUCUUUACAGUAAAAGUUAUGAAAAUAACAGUUUUGAUUAUAUGCUUGUGUCAGAUUUCAUUACAUGAUAUCUGUGUAUUAGCAUCUUUACAGCACUGUUAAUUUCAGUUUAAAUAAAUAUGGAAGUGUUUUAACAGAAUUGUGAAUUUUCAAAGACAUACGUAAGAACAUGUUCAGUAUCACUUAUCAGAACGGACUGAUGUCAGACUACUCUCAUGAUAAGGCCUUGAUAUGUAGAGAAUAUGUAUUUGUUUAAUACAUUUACAGCUAAAGGGAAAGCCCACAAUUUCCUAUAUAUUGCUUAUUUAUUGUUGUAUUUAUAAAGACUGAUAUGUGUCAUUUUGGUGAUUAAAAUUA